AACAACAAGUUGAACAGUCCAUGGAAAGCUUGGGUAUGUUUUCGCGGUCUUUGACCACUCAACUUAAUCAAAACAGUUUUGAUUUGGUUUCUGUGAAUUAAAUAUAUGUUGACCAGCUGUGUGCAGAUACCAUCAGGGCUAAAUUAAUCGGUCGGAAGUGGAGCAAUAAUGGCCUUGAAGUUUUCCUAAUUCUGACUUUAGAUAAAAACACGCUCCUACUGAAACACGCUCCUAUUUAUUUCUAUCUUUAGCACGGGUACAAAAUCUUUCUUUAGACGCAACAGAGCGCAUUUGAUAGUUCAGCCUUAUACAUUUCCAAGAGCGCAGAAUGGAGAGAUCUAACUGUCGCAUGAAUGGAGGUGGUGGACUUGACGGCAUAGGUAGUGCAGGCGACGGCGAAUCCACAUAUGGGCGGAUAACGCUAGAAGACCUGGAAUCGUUUACGGAGGACCAGCAGUCAGAUUCGGACACUGGAAGUAUGGAAGAGGAGGGUCAGAUGAUGGAGGACGACGAGCAGCAAGACCGAUUGCUACGCUACUGGCAGGACGCAGCGCGAGGACACCAAGUGGAAGUGCCCAGAGACAUGGCCGAGCCCAUUCACCAGCUCACCAGCAACGAUGAAGGCCGUCACAGCCGGGAGCAUGUUCCCUUCACUCUCAUCACUCGUAAGGAGAAGUGUGGAGACGUGCUGUAUGAGAAGCGUCAUUACGAGAAGGCCUACUGGGCGUGCAUCACGGUCCGCCAGGACACCUACGAACAAAGCAUCUGCUACGGCUUCAUGAGGCUUAUGAAGUACAUCUGCCAGCAGAACUCCUCAGGUGGCUAUCUGGGUUUGACCAUCCCCAUCCUGACGAUUAUCCGGACAGACGAGAGCCGCUCCAUCUUGUCCAGGGACGUCACGGUGGCCUAUUUCCUGUCCACCGAACACCAAGCCCAGCCGCCACUGCCUUCUGACACGGAUAUCAGACUUGAAGAAUGGCCUGCCACUAAUGUCUACACACGGGCCUUUGCUGGUGCCACAAACGAAGUGACUAUCAUCAACCAGAUAAACAUCAUGGCGGAGGUUCUUGACUCUCUGGCCGGGCACGUGAACGACUCCUUCAUUGUGGCUGGCUACACCAACCCUGCAGCAGCAAACCGACAGAACGAGAUCUGGUUCCUGGAGCGGCCUUGAGCGUCAGCUGAGCCCCUAACCACACCUGAGGAACUAUACCCCCACAACAUCAGUCUUUACCCUAAAAAAAAAACCCUAAUGAGUACCCCUUUCUUGUUUUACACACUUAGGGACUAGGCUUGGGUGGUAUUCAUAAUGUCAUACCUUUUUACCAAUCUUGAGCAAACCAGAUAUAUACACCAAUACUGGCAGUGAACAUGAGGGUUGCUAAUUUCAAACUCUCCUGAGCCACUAAUCUAAAGGGUAACAAUGCUAACAAGUACUUGUAAAAAUUCCAUAGCGGAGGCUAGCUAAAUGUUAACGACCGCAUGCAAAAAAAAAAAAAAAGAAGACCAACCUGUUAAGUGCAGAUAUCUCAAGUUAUACUAGUAUGACAGUAAAAAUGCGAUGCACGGUUUGCUGCAGACACAAAAAGAUUAGGAUCGAGGAGAAGAUUCUGUGCUGUUGCAACAACGGAUAACCACGACUUAAAAUCCCCAGGUAUUCAGUCAUAUACAUUAUUCUGCCCAGCUCUACAAGGAUCUGAAAAGUGUCCAUACUAGGGGAGUGCUUGGAUGAAACAAGUAUUGUUACGGAUAUUACCAAUUCGCCGGAUACAAUCCCAGUAUUUAAUGUCAUUAUCUGUGACCGGAUAAAGUCACAACCAGACAUUCUCCCGUCACUCACACCACGGGGAAUACUAGGCCUCCGAUUGGAUGAUUCAGACACGAGUGGGAGUGGUCAUUGAGCCUGCUGCUAUGAUUGGAUUAUCAGGAGAAGCUCUGACACACCACGCGUACAAUAACGGCACCUGCAUUCACCCAUUCGUCUCUCAGUGCUAAACUGUGUCCAUUUCUUUCUCCAAACACAUUUUGUGUUGAUCAAAAUCAUUUGAUAGCUAGCCAUCAAGCUGGUUAUAUUUUCCAUUGACUUUGUUGAGGCAAUACUGUCAUGGAAGUUGGUUUUGACAUUGGUUUUGGGUGUAAUAUCGUUCUUCACAUUUUCUGUCAGUUAUGUCUCACUCUCACUAGGUUUUACAGUGAAAUGACAGGGAGGCACAAAUUGAAUCACCACAUUAAUAGCACUUGUAAGAAAUGACAUGGGUGUCACCAGACCCUGGCUUGUGGGGGCCCCAGAUAUUGGUGAGCCCCGAGUGUUUCGUGCGCUGACAUCAAUACCGUAAGGACGGUGUGCAACCAGAGGCAAAGUGUGCUUUGUUGUCACAGCGCACACUUUGUUACAAAUGCGUAGGGCUGUAUGACAUAUUACACUAUUUUCUGAACAACUAAUAAUUUGAGAAUAAAAAAAGAUUUGUGGCAUAGGCUAACUGUUAGAAAAAGAAAAAAGAAAUCCCCUCUGUGAAGUUAAACAGCCACUCUGGGCGAGCUAAAAGUAGCUGGCAUAAAUUGAUUUAUUAACAUGUUUAGGUAAUAUAAAGCUUAUAAAAUCAAGCCAUGUCUAUUGGCCAUUUGAGCGGUCAGGGUUGUUUUGAGUAAUUUAAAGUAACAUCUGAAUCUCAAUGUUAAGCAUCUGAAUGCUGGAGUGUUAACACACAGUUGAAGUAAAGGCUUUACUAUAAUUUAAAACGCACUUUUGGGUUUUUCGAUCGAUUACGAGAAUCGCUGUGUGACAAGCGGUUACGAUUACAGGUAGGAAUAUGACGAGAUCGGCACACCCCUAGUCCGUACUGCCCAUCUGGACCCUUUGGGUCCAUAAAUACCGUAGCGAUUUAUGGACCCAACCAGUGAUUCUCCUCAAACUCUCUCUCUACAUAGUCCAGACCACCACCGAAGGUGAAGCUUCGUGACUUGAUGUUUACUUGAUUUUUGGGUGAAAACUGGACGGGUCCUUCAUUGUUGCGUAAACUGGACGGGUCCUUCAUUGUUGCGUAAACUGGACAGGUCCUUCAUUGUUGCGGCAGUCACAUUGAAAACCUUGAACUAGAAUAAUUGCCACGCAACUAAGAACCCUGAACAAAUGCAGCUAUUCAAUCAACUUUGGAAAGGGUGUUAACUGCCAUUUUUGCCAAUUUUAUGUAAUAUGCUAAUUCAUUUAUUAGCAGUGAAUAAGUAAUUUAAAAUGUUUCAAUUAACACUCAACAUGCAAGCACAAUGACACAAAAAUAACACACAAAGAGCAAGCCUUAGGAAUGUAAUAAGGAUGAGAAAUUGAAAGAAACUUCAGCCAACUAAAAAAAGCAUCUCUAUAAACCAAAAUCACUGACCACUGCUGUAUGACAAUCGAGCACGCGAUCUGCUGCUGGACACGUUUAUACACGCUGUUCGAUAGCAGACGCAUUCCUCAUUUCUAAAGCCAAGCUUUUCACGAACCACCACGAUACCUCUGAUCUCUUAUGUUCUGUUGUGCAUGCACUUAUUCGUUGUUUGACGAAAAACAAUUGCUCUCCUUUAGAAAGGAUGAAAUGUAUACACCACUUAGAAAAUCACACACAUACAGUGCCGGCUCUAGCCUUUUGGGGGCCCUAAGCAAAAUGUAUGUUGGGGCCCCCUCCCCCCUAUCAGUCAGGGGCUCCCUAGAAGUUGGAGGCCCCCUAGUGGUCAGGGGCCCUAUGUGACCGCUUAUGUUGCUUAUGCCUGGAGCUGGCCCCCCUACAAACACACAUUUAUACAUUUCUUUUAGUUUAGAGCAUUAGGUUUCCAUACCUUUAAAGCUUAAAAUAACAUUAAAGGAGUUUUUUUAUUUUUAUCUUGACUAAUUAUUUUCUGGAUGAAACCAAUAACUAAUUUAAAAGGAGAAAAGUGAUUACAUGCAUCGAAAUAUAUCUCUUGUCGACUCUGCGAAAUAUAUAGCAAAUCUAUCGGUCUUGUUUCUAGAAAACAGUAUGUACUGCCCACUGCGGAACACUGAAAUGUAAAUUAACAUAGCUGCAAUGACACCAGCAUUACGUCAGGUAACUCUGCCAAAUCACCAAUCUGCAAAGACCUGUUCAUAUUUUUCUUUGCAUGGCGUGGACUCACGAACACUUGAAUGUCGUUUCACCACAUUCCGCACUCAGCGGCAUAUAAACAAGCAGCAUCCCAAUCACUUGAUAAUCGCCACGCCCAGUCCAAAAGUGCAGCUGUCUCUAUGACUUUCUGGUCAACAUAGUGAUAAAACCAGUAAUUUCAUUGGUAGUUUUGGGGCUAACUUUGGCCUUUGCAGCUUUUUCCACUUUGGCCACAAUGAGUAGAGGUAGACACCCCGUAUAAUAUAGAAGUUCAACAUUCUGAAUGAGCGUGAAAUUGGAGCAUGCUUUAGACCAGCUGCUAACAAACCUCUCCUGGGGCCCACCACCCGUUCCAUUUAUCAGAUGUAUUCCAAAGCUAGCGUCGCUGAAUCAACUUGUCAACUUAUCUUCAAGCCCUUAACUGCUUAAUUCAGGUGAGCAAAGUUAAGGCUACACCAAAAUUGUCUGGGGGCUCCCCUGGAGGUUUGAAAACACCUGAUUGGGGGGGGGGCAUUUUCAGUGUUUUGUAAGUGUGCUGUAUAGUAAAAAAAAAUGGAAGUCCAACAACAAGAGCUACUGUGGAUUUAUAGAUUUUUUUGUUACAAACGUUUCUCCUUUCUUUAAGAAAUAAAUAUGGAAUUAAAUCUCA